UAACAACAACUCUGCUCACGGAACAUGAGAAGAACCAAUCAUAUCACAAACCCACCUCCAUCGCCACCGUACAUCACACCAGCCACCGCCAAUGCCGUCAGCUCCGUCCGGUGUUGGACUCGACGGCGUUAACAACUCCAUCACCCCUCUCAAAAUUCAAAUAUUCCAAAAAUAUAACAAUGGCAAGACCUAGAUAGGUUUCUUGCUUUAAUUAUUCUCUUCAUCUUCUUCCGGGCAAGAUAUGGCCUCAGGCACAUAUUUAGGUGAGAGGGAUCUAGAAAAGGGUCUUUAUGUGAGGACCAAGGCAACCACUCUAACCGGCGAUACACCAUGGCCGUCUUCUCCGACUCCGACGACACCAACACGGACUCUUGUUCUGUCGAAUUCCGGCAAGGCUCUUUUGGUAUCGAAUUCCGGGAAGAAGAUCGACCAAGCAGGGAAAAAGAAGUACGUGAAGCAAGUAACCGGAAGGCAUAACGACACCGAGCUCCACCUGGCGGCGCAGCGGGGUGAUUUGGCCGGAGUGAGGCAGAUUUUUUAUGAUAUUGAGGCCCAGAUGGCGGAAACGACGUUGAGUGGAUCAGAGUUUGAUGAGGAGGUGGCUGAUAUAAGGUCUUCGAUUGCGAAUGAGAAGAAUGAGUUGGGUGAGACGGCUCUGUUCAUUGCCGCCGAGAAAGGUCAUCUUGAGGUGGUGAAAGAGCUCAUGCAGCACGUUACUAAAGACGGCAUUUCGAUCAAGAAUCGUUCUGGGUUUGAUCCCUUGCAUAUUGCUGCCAGUCAAGGUCAUAAAGAAAUUGUGGAGGUGCUAUUGGACUAUGAUCCAGAGCUAAGCAAAACCAUAGGGCAGUCAAAUACAACACCACUUAUAUCAGCAGCAACAAAAGGGCAUGCGUCAGUGGUAAGAGAAUUGUUAUCAAAAGAUUCAAGCAUAAUAGAAAUAUCUAGAUCAAAUGGAAAGAAUGCAUUACAUCUAGCUUCAAGACAAGGGCAUCUAGAUGUUGUGAGAAUGUUGCUUAGGAAGGAUCCACAACUAGCUCGAAGAACUGAUAAAAAGGGACAAACUGCAUUGCAUAUGGCUGUGAAAGGAGUUAGCUGUGAAGUGGUCAAGUCGCUUCUUGAUGCAGAUGCAGCUAUUGUUAUGCUCCCUGAUAAGUUUGGCAAUACAGCUUUACAUGUUGCCACCAGGAAAAGAAGAACUGAGAUAGUGAGCGAGUUGCUAUCCCUUCUAGACACAAACGUGAACGCCCUAACAAGAGAGCACAAAACAGCCUUCGACAUAGCCGAAGGCCUCUCCUUAUGCGAAGAAACAACACUGAUAAAGAAAACCCUAGCUAGAAACGGUGGUGUAAAAGCCAACGAGCUCAACCAACCACGAGACGAGCUAAGAAAAACAGUGACACAGAUAAAAAAAGACGUGCACAUCCAGCUCGAACAAACCCGAAAAACCAACAAAAAUGUGACCGGAAUUGCCAAAGAGCUCCGCAAGCUCCACAGAGCAGGAAUCAACAACGCCACCAACUCAGUCACAGUGGUGGCUGUCCUCUUCGCAACGGUGGCUUUUGCCGCCAUCUUCACAGUCCCAGGGGGCGAUGACGAGGCCGGAAUGGCCGUGAUGGUGAACACCGCAUCGUUCAAGAUCUUCUUCAUCUUCAACGCGGUGGCACUCUUCACAUCAUUGGCUGUUGUGUUGGUACAAAUCACACUCGUUAGAGGGGAGACCAAAGCUGAGAGAAGAGUGAUUGAAGUGAUAAACAAGUUGAUGUGGUUGGCCUCAGUGUGCACCUCGAUCGCCUUCAUUUCUUCGUCAUAUAUAGUGGUUGGUCGACGGAAUAGGUGGGCUGCGAUUCUUGUCACCGUUGUUGGGGGUGUGACGAUGGUGGGAGUGCUCGGUACCAUGACGUAUUACGUUGUUAAGUCUAAGCGUUUUCAUAAAGUGAGGAAGAAGGAGAAAAGGGUUGGUGGUUCACAACACUCUUAUCGUCAUCACUCGGAUUCUGAGACUGAAGUUAAUCCUAUAUAUGCUAUAUGAUAUUCUCUAUAUACUACAAGUGCCUUUUUUACUAUUAUGUAUUGUUAAGAAAUGAGUUUAUACAACUAAUGAUGAAGUAAUAAUUUUAUUAGUUAUAUGAGGUGACAAGCUGUUAUAAAUGUCACCCUGUUUUUGUCAGUCAAUCAAAUGGCUUGUUCUAGAACAAUAUGUCACUGUAUUGCUAAUAUAAAUACAAGGAUCUCCCUUGGACUCACAUUUAGCUGAGCCAUACAAA